AUGUCAAAAUGUAACCCGUGUCCAACUUGUCAAAUUUGAAAGGAAAGUCUUUUAAAUGACCUCCAGGGCCUAGUAGCCCGUUCUUGGUUAGGUUGUCCUUUACGUUUUCAGGCACUUGGUGGUUAUUAAUAAAUUUGAUCUGAAGAAAUAUGUUCCGAACGAUUUUCAUUCGAAGUGACUCGGUCAGAGGAAACUUGAGGAAAACUAUUAGGGGAAAUCUGGUUAGGAAUUUAUGUCUUCAAGGAGCAAGGAGAGUCCCUAAACAAAGUAAACUGGUUCUACAAAAUAAGCCUAAUAUUAUACAAUGGACAUACCAAAUAAGGCACUAUGCAAGCGAUCUGCCUGCUCAUACAAGAGUAACCCUUCCUGCUCUCUCUCCUACAAUGGAAAUGGGAACAAUAAUAUCCUGGGCGAAGAAGGAAGGUGACAAAUUGAAUGAAGGUGAUCUACUCGCAGAAAUUGAAACCGAUAAGGCCACAAUGGGUUUUGAAACACCCGAGGAGGGAUACCUAGCUAAGAUACUCAUUCCCGCUGGAACCAAAGAGGUGCCAAUUGGAAAAUUAGUCUGUAUAAUAGUUGAAAAUGAAGGGGACAUAGCCGCAUUUAAAGAUUUCAAAGAUGAUGCAGCUGCUGCUCCUGCACCUAGAGCGCCUUCACCACCGCCGUCAGCACCGACACCGGUGGCUCCACCUAGCGCACCUCAAGCCGUACCUAGUGCACCAUCUGCUGCGCCCUCUGGUGGAAGAGUAUAUGCUAGUCCUAUGGCAAAACGCCUGGCCGAACAAAGAAACAUUCGUCUUCAAGGAAAAGGUACUGGACUUUAUGAUUCCAUAACAUCAGCUGAUUUAGAUAAAUUAGCAGCGGCUUCACCAGCAGUAUCUGCAGGUGCCCCAAUGCCUGCACCUGCACCUGGAGCAGCAUAUGUUGAUAUACCAGUAACUAACAUAAGACAAACAAUAGCCAAAAGAUUAUUAGCUUCCAAGACCACCAUUCCCCAUUAUUAUCUGACAAUCGAUGUAGAAGUUGAUAAAUUAUUAGCAUUGAGAAAUAAAAUAAAUAAGAAAUUGGAAAAAUCGGGCCAAAAAGUUAGUGUAAAUGAUUUCAUAAUAAAAGCGACAGCACAAGCAUUACUGAAGGUGCCAGAAGCAAAUGCUGCUUGGAUGGAAUCAUUCAUAAGACAGUAUACAAAUGCCGACAUAAGUGUAGCCGUUUCUACGCCAACUGGUCUAAUUACACCCAUCGUUUUUGGUGCCAACAAUAAGGGUGUUGUUCAAAUAAGCAAGGAAGUUAAGGCAUUGGCUGUAAAGGCACGCGAGAACAAACUUAAACCUCAAGAAUUCCAGGGCGGCAGCUUCAGUAUAUCAAACUUGGGAAUGUUUGGUAUUGAUCAGUUCUGUGCUAUCAUCAAUCCACCUCAAAGCUGUAUUCUGGCAGUUGGACAAUCUGUGAAGAAGUUAGUUCCUGACGAUUCAGAGAAAGGGUUCAGAGAAGCAAACAUGAUGUCUGUGACAUUAAGCAGCGAUCACAGGGUGGUUGAUGGAGCGGUAGGUGCUCAGUUCCUAAAAGUUCUUAGGGAAAAUUUGGAAGAUCCUGUGAACAUGAUCUUAUAAGUGAAACCCGACUCCAUCCUUGUACAUGACUUUUCAUAUGAGAAGUAUAUCAAAGAAGAACUGCCAAAAACCAAAAGUGAAAUUUACUAACAACCUGUGGGUAUUUCAUUUCAUCUUUACAAAUGAAAUCAGUGCAUUUAUAUGGAAUAACUUUGGUAUAUUUGUAUAAUAUAAAAUUGGGCAGUGCUAUAACAAUGAAAUGAAAUCAUAAGCUUACAUUAGAUAAAUAAAUUUCAUCUGUUUUUUUAUAAUAUACUUCUACUUUCAUAAAUAUUAGGAAGAGAUAUCGAAAUUAUUUUUGUUGUCAAUCAAAUUAUUUAUUUAUUUUAAGAUGUAAAGUUUACAGAAUGGUGAAUAUAUAAUUGUUGAAAAAAUA